AUGUCUCCAGCACAAUGGGAGAUCAAGGCGGAGGCCUGUCGGCAAAUCCUGCAAAAGUCACUGAAACCUGAAUGGCUGCUUCCCCCAGACCAGCUACCACCCUCCAGCCAGCUCAAUGUAUCUAACUUUAUCGAAUCUUGCGGACAGUUGACGCCGCGCGAGCUGCAGAUUACGGCGAGCACCGCGGCCGAGCUGACCGCUCAGAUGGCGGAAGGCAAGCUCACUGCAGUCGAGACUGUCACGGCUUUUUUGAGAAGAGGUCACAUCGCGCAUCAACUCGUCAACUUUGCUACCGAGUUCAUGGUUGAAGAUGCACUAGCCGCUGCCGAGGAGCUAGAUGCGCACUUCAAGAAAACUGGGAAGCUCGUUGGGCCUUUGCACGGUGUACCUAUAUCCGCCAAGGAGCAUUUGAGCUUGAAAGGCCGUAGAGUUCACUCCGGCUAUGUUGCAUGGGCCGAUAAUGUGGCCAAUGAAGAUGCUCUAGUCAUUCGUCUGUCAAGAGCUGCUGGAGCGGUGUUUCAUGUUCGGACGAACGAGCCUCAGAGCGUCAUGCAUCUUGACUGCAGCAAUCCCAUUUACGGGACAACGGUGAACCCCUACAACCGAAACCUAACAAGUGGUGGAUCGAGCGGAGGAGAAGGUGCUUCGCUAGGUCUCCGGUGUGCAGUGAUGGGCAUUGGCACGGAUAUUGGCGGGUCUGUGAGAGUUCCCGCUGCGUUUUGUGGUUCUUACGGCAUUCGUACGACUGCGAUGCGCAACCCGUACAAGGGCGUCUGCAUCCCUGGGCUUGGGCAAGAGAGCAUUCGCUGUGUGCUGUCCCCAUUGGCCAAUAGUAUUGCAGACCUUGAUCUGUUCCAGAAAGCCAUCAUCGACCAGGAGCCUUGGGAGGAAGAAACACAACUUGUACCAUUGCCCUGGAAACGACGCGAGCCAUACAAAUCCGGAGACUUCACGAUAGGUGUCAUCUGGGAUGACGGGAUGGCUCACCCUCACCCGCCUGUUACGCGCGCCCUGAAGCAUGCGGUCGCGAAGCUCCAAGAUGCCGGUAUCAAGGUUCUGGACUUUGAGCCAUACAACCACAAGGAGGGAGCUGAAAUCAUUCAGACCCUCUAUUUCCCUGAUGCAGCUGCAACUCAAAGAGAACUCUUGGAGAAGGGCGGUGAACCGGUUGCAUUCUUGACGGAAUGGGCAUUCGCGUACUCAAAGCCUGAACCACUUUCUAUCAGAGAGAAUUGGGAACUGAAUGUUCGACGAGACAAUUUUAGGGACGUCUAUCACAAAACCAUGAAGGAUCGCGGAGUUGACUUCAUCUUGUGCCCAGCGUAUGUUGGCCCUCCUGCAAGAUUAGGCGAGGCGCAGUACUGGCAUUACACUACGAUCUGGAAUAUUCUGGAUCAACCAAGUGUGAUAUUUCCGACAGGAAUACACGUUGAUCCAGCCAUCGAUGUUGUGGAGGAAAGUUACAAGCCUCGCUCUGCUGAGGACGAGCGAGAGUUCAAGAAAUAUAUUCCGGAAGAUUUCAAGGAUGCUCCCAUUGCGUUGCAGCUCGCGGGCAAACACUUCCGAGACGAAGAUACAAUCGCUGCGUCUGAGGUAGUCUCUAGGAUUAUCUUGCAUACUACUGAAGCCCCUGUGGGCAGGCAGCGAAAGGUGAAAUGCGGAGAAGAGAGACCCUGUUGCCGAAACUGCGCUGGUUCGGGCCGCGAUUGCGCAUGGCCGUCCUCUGAUCAGCUCCACGACAGGCGUUUUCGCGGCAGACGACUGACAGCACCCGAGAAGCAUGCGUCACACGGCCCAUCACCACCAUCACCAACGCCGUCAUCGUGUGACGAGCUUUCUCUCAUAUCCUUUGGAAAUAGGCAGCUGCCAGAGAUUGAGCAUGACUUAUCACAUCACUAUCUCAACGUGCUGGUCACUGCUUUAUUGCUGCCGACAGUUACCGAAGCUGACCUGGAGGACUAUGGGACCCAGGUCAUGGGGAUGAUGAUGAGUUGCGACAGCGUUAAAUAUGCUGUUUUGGCCAACUCCGCCUCAAAUAAAUUCAUGCUCACCAAGAACUGCCGAUAUCAAAGUACCGCGUUAAGGUACUAUCUGCGGGCUAUCGAGUCUGUCAAUCGUUCGCUCCUAGAUCUAGGCUCUUCUCACGAAAGCCCGAGCGACACGCUUCUGACGACAGUGGUAUACCUUUACCUCUAUAAUGUGAGCCAAACUUCCACCCCAGACGACAACCUCAACGCUGACUUUUGCACUCUGCAGUUCUGGGGCGCAGAUACGUCCCUUGACGCCAGGAAACAUGUAGAUGGUGCUAUGAGUCUACUGAAGUUGCGUUACGAAGACAAACGCUCACCUUUAUCCAUGUCCAGCACGCUCCACAGACUAGCAACAGAGAGCGUCUUGUACCAAGCCUUUCUGCUAGCUGCAAGAAAGCCGUUUGCACCAAAUUUUCACAUUGAUCCGCAAUUCAUGGCUCAAUCAGAGAGCUUCUUGGACAACAAGCUGAUCAACACGCUAUUUUCGGAUUCGAGUCUUGUCCUCGGGCUUCCACUACGUCUAUACCGUCUCAUAACAGUCAUUAUUGACCUGCUUAACUCUCCCGAACACCCCAGCGCGGAGACUGUGACGAGGUUGCUACAGGAGAUCAAGCCAUGGGAAGAAUUCGUCACCACGGAUACAACAGAAACCGGCAGUCUCCCGUUCCCGACUCCGUCCGAAGGAUUUCAGAGGGACGCAAUUACGCUCUUCGUUUUAGCUGCGUCUCUUCUUCUUGAUUACAUCACAGAGUACUCUAUCUCAACACCAUCGACGAGAGAGGCAGGGCCUUUAGGAAUUACGAGUGGCACCACCUCACCUUUUCUACAAACAACUCGAUGGCAGGUUGUUCGUGCUCUAUCUAUCUUGCGUCGCCCAGAAGCAUACGAAACCUGGACACGUUGCUAUUUGGGUGCGUGGCCCAUGCUGAUUUUAGGCUACUCUGUCACCUCCAAGGAGGACAUUAACCUAGUAAAGCUGGUACUACACCAGAUGCGUGACCGCAUGGGUUAUGGAGAGAUACAGAGAAUUAUAGAUGAUCUAAGGGAUGUGUGGUCUAUGAGGGAACGGGCCACGGUAGACUCCCAGUAA